AAGGCUUUCCACGCGCCACAGCAAAAUUUCGGAGGGAGAGAUUUUCACAUUUCACCUGCAAUUCCAAAGAGGUGCCACUACUCCUUCUGCAAUACGCCCGACCGAUUCUCUGAAUCCCUUGGCUGGGAUCAGAGGAUCGAUAUCUCCUUCAUCACCCAGUUUAUAUUAAUGAUUGUCUUCACUUCUGAAUACUGAAAAACCCGGGAAGGAAGAUCGCAAUCUAGUUCUGCUUGAAUCUUGACUGAGAAUUUCUGGAAAGAGAUAUCAGAAGCGGGUCUUCUGAGCGUGAGGGUUUCUAAGAAUGAGUACUCCCCAAAAUGAUGGAAGAAUGGAGGGUUGGUUGUAUCGUAUACGCUCUAACCGCUUUGGAUUGCAGUUCUCGCGAAAACGCUACUUCGUCCUCGACGGCCACCUUCUUAAGAGUUUCAAAUCUGUUCCCAGUUCAAGCAAUGAGGAUCCUCUUAGAAGUGCUGUUGUAGAUUCUUGCAUACGAGUCACAGACAAUGGAAGGGAAAGCAUUAACAGAAAAGUAUUCUUCAUAUUUACUCUUUACAACACCUCAAAUCACAGUGACCAAUUAAAGUUAGGAGCAAGCCGCCCUGAAGAAGCAGCAAGAUGGAUUCAAUCCUUUCAGGAAGCAUCGUUAAAGCGUGCUCCUGAUCUUGGUGAUAUUCCUGUAGCUUGCUCUAAGAGGAGAUGGCAGUCAUUUAGAUUAGGUGGUUCUAGCAGGAAAAGCCGCUCCAAUUCUUUAGACUGGACUCUUUUUUCUUCUACAAAUUUGGAUCCCAUGACAUCUGAUGUUGUUGCUCCUUCACCCUGGAUAAUCUUUGGUUGCCAAAACGGUUUGCGACUAUUUAAGGAAGCAAAAGAUAGAGAUUCACAUGGGAAGAAGUGGGAUGAUCACCCUGCAAUAAUGGCCGUUGGUGUGGUUGAUGGGACUUCUGAAGCCAUUUUCCGAACACUUAUGUCACUUGGUCCUUCAAGAUCAGAAUGGGAUUUCUGUUUCUUCAAGGGGAGUGUGGUUGAGCACUUGGAUGGUCACACUGACAUUAUUCACAAGCAGCUAUAUAGUGAUUGGUUGCCUUGGGGAAUGAAACGGAGAGAUCUAUUGUUGCGACGUUAUUGGAGGAGAGAAGAUGAUGGAACUUAUGUUAUCCUAUACCAUUCUGUGUUUCACAAGAAGUGUCCCCCUCAGAGAGGCUAUGUCCGUGCCUGCCUUAAAAGUGGAGGUUAUGUUAUAUCACCAGUGAACAAAGGAAAGCAAUCUGUUGUAAAGCAUAUGCUUGCUAUUGAUUGGAAAUUCUGGAAGUCUUAUCUAAAAACUUCGGCAGCCCGUUCCAUAACUAUUCAAAUGCUUGGGAGAGUUGCUGCUCUGAGGGAGUUAUAUAGAGCGAGAAAAGGAAAUUGUUCUUCCUCUGAUUGUUCAUCUGGAGAGUUGACAAGAAGAGUCAGGCUCCCUCUGAAGGAAGGGGACAACAACUUCAAUAUCCAAACACAGACAGAAAGUGAGAAAACUUAUGCUGACACGGAUGGGGAAGUGGAUCAAACACAAUCAGAGCAUGCAAGCCUUGUUAGUCUAAAUGACGCAGAUGAUGAAUUUUUUGACGUUCCAGAACCAUCGGAUUGUGAUGAUUCAGAAAAUGGAUGGACACCAGAUUGUAAUCACAAGAAGCUCCAGGAAAGUCGUCAUCCCAAAUUAUCAACUGCUGCUAGUUUUGUGAAAAGAUUGCAUGACCUCGCAGUUCAAAAGAGGGGCUAUGUGGACUUGCAAGAGAUGAUCAGGGAAGAAAGUGUCCCUUGCUCCUAUGGUUCCACACUUCCAAAAGAUCCUACAUGUACUGUACUUUCCAGUUGGAUGGAAGCAGAUCCUUCUACUUUCUUGAUUCGUGGAAAAAAUUAUCUGGAAGACCGUCUGAAGGUUAAAGCAAAGGGAACCUUGAUGCAAAUGGUUGGUGCAGAUUGGCUUAGAUCUGACAAAAGGGAAGAUGAUCUUGGUGGUCGUCCUGGGAGCAUUGUGCAGAAAUAUGCUACACAGGGUAGACCUGAAUUCUUCUUCAUUGUAAAUAUUCAGGUUCCAGGUUCUACGACAUAUAACCUUGCACUAUACUACAUGAUGAGUGCCCCUAUUGAAGAUUCUCCUUUGCUAGAGAGUUUUGUCAAGGGUGAUGACGCUUUUAGGAAUUCAAGAUUUAAACUUAUACCAUACAUCUCCAAGGGUUCAUGGAUAGUAAAGCAGAGUGUGGGGAAGAAGGCAUGCCUUAUUGGUCAAGCUCUGGAAAUCAAUUAUUUCCGGGGAAAGAACUACUUGGAGCUUGGAGUUGAUAUUGGGUCAUCAACUGUUGCGAGAGGCGUUGUGAGUCUUGUACUGGGCUACCUCAACAAUCUGGUUAUUGAGAUGGCAUUUUUAGUACAGGGAAACACGCGCGAGGAGCUCCCUGAGUAUCUUCUUGGAACCUGUCGUCUUAACCAUCUUGAUGCCUCCAAAUCCGUCAGCUUGAAGCCAUGAAUUUUUUUUUUUUGGAUCGCAAUAUGUAUAUAAUUGAUUAAUUUCAUAAUUGAAAUUAAAAAAUUUUUUAAGGGGGAAAAAAUAGAUUAUUUUCUCUGAUGAUAAAUUACUAGAAGCCAUUAUUUCAUUCAAUCGGAUUGAGUCUUGCGGCGGGCUGUAUUGCCAAAGCUUUGGUAAGAUGGGGGAAUGCUAUUUGUAAUAUCUAUACG